AAGGGGAGGACGCCCGGGAGGCGGUCCUAAGAGCAGGGGCGGAGCCAAAGGCUUCCGGGAGGCGGAAAGCGGGGCUGUGGCGGAGCCGAGGAGAAGGAGGGCGCGGCGGCGGGCGACCGAGUUGUUUUGUGCUCCCGGCUCCGCUGCGCUCCACGCCGGCGUCCGAGCGCGCGCCGGGGCCCCGGGGGCGGCGAUGGCUUCGAUGGCGGCGGCGAUCGCCGCUUCCCGCACGGCGGCCCUGAACGGCAACCGGCCGCUGGACGAGCGGGAGCGCAAGCGCUUCAGCUACUUCUCGUCGCUCAACCCCAUGGCGCGCAAGAUCAUGGCGGAGAAGGAGCGCAUCCGCGAGCGCUACGGGCCCGAGUGGGAGCGCCUGCCGCCCCGCCAGCAGGACGAGAUCAUCGACCAGACCCUGGUGGAGCCCCACAUCCAGGCCCGCUACGCGGCGCACCGAGGGGUCGCCCGAGGACCCCCGCCGCCGGUCUGCUACCCGAACCUGCGCCUCAACACCGGCCAGAAGGUGGUGCACUUCGGGGAGGAGGAUAUCACCUGGCAAGAUGAACACUCUGCUCCUUUCUCCUGGGAAACCAAGAGUCAGAUGGAGUUCAGCGUUGCUUCUCUGUCCAUACAAGAGCCUAGUGCAGUGGCACUGCAGAGCGAACCAAAGCAGACCACCAAAACCGCUCCAGGGCCCCCAGCCCCCAAGCCCACACAAGGUGCUAAAACACCUAACUCAGAGGGGCUUCUGCCAGCUAGGAAAGAGGAGGAGUCGUCAUUCUGGAAGAUCAAUGCUGAGCGCUCGAAGUGUGACGGAGAACAAUCUGAGUUCUGUUCUCUGACCCCAAGCCAGAUCAAGUCCAUGGAGAAAGGAGAGAAGACCCUCCAGCCUUACUACAGGCAAGAAUCUGGUCCAAAAGAGGCAACCAAAGCAGAGAAGCCUAGUGCUAGCAAACCUGAAAAAUUGACCACCCCAGUUCUUGCUGCAACUUCAAUAGAAUGGGAAAAACCUCAACCUGGCCAGCUGAGUCCUCCUGAUGUUUGUCCUGAGCCAGUGGAAAAAGUCUCAUCAACUGGGACCAAAAGUGAGGAGGCUGAUAGUGGUUUCCUUUCAGAAGUGCAGAGCAAUGCAAAUAACGUUAUCUUGAAGACGGGAUUUGAUUUUCUAGACAACUGGUAAAGGACCAAAAUAGCUUCAGCUCAGUUUUGGAUGAAGAGAAAAGGAACAUCUCUCUUCCAGUCUACUUUAUUUUAUUUUAUUGGUAUUGGCUUCUAUUUGACCUUUAAAACUAAUAUUUUUUCCAACUGUUUUAAAUGUUGCCUUUGUAUUCACACCUUUUUGUAAAACCAUAUGGAUAUUUGUAUUUUGGAAUUGUCCAGUGUUAGAAGUAUGG